AUGGAGCCCUCGUUCCCCCAGCCUUACCAGAGCCAGAUCCCUGAAUUCCCCGAGCCCGCCUCCCGCGGCGUUCCCGGGGUUCCCGGCGGUGGCAGCGCGCCCUACUCGCCGCCGCCGUACACGCCGCACCAGGCGCCGCCGUCCUCGGGCUUCCGGCUCGCGCUCAGCACCGAGUCCGCGCUCCCGCCGCCCGCACAGCUCGGCCCGCCGGUGGCGCACGACGCCGACGGCCGCUCGCCGAUCUACCUCGGCAGCGCGCUCCUCCCGAACGCCGUCCACCCGUGCAAGGUCGGGCCGCACCUCUCGCCGCCGUGCCGCGUGCCCUACGGCGGCGCCGAGCGCGAGCACCACGGCCGCUACGACCUCCUCCCGUUCGACCCCGCGACGAUGGAGUGGGUCCCCACCUCCCGCGGCCUGAUACCCCCCGGCCGACGCCCCAUCGAGGGCGGGUAUGAGGAGAGCGGGAAGCUGUACCACGCCCUGGCGGACAUCCGUGGCAUGAAGGUCCCCGGGAAGACGGGGGAGCAUCUUCACGCCUGCAACGUCGCGUUCGGGGGCGGUGAAGUGGUCGUGCACGAGAACUAUGCGAUCCUGUGCUGGAAGUGA